AACAGCCUAGAUUUUGUUACAUUAAUUUUAAAGAAAAAUUGUUCUAAAGAGUACACAGAGCUGAGGAGUGAGCAAUGGGGCGGUUGAUUUUUAUAGCAGUUUUGUUGGUCGUAAUUGCAGAAAAUGCAAGUACACAACUUGUUGAAGUACCUGCAGCUAAGGAGGAGGGAGAUGAAUUGGGUCCCAUGGGGUUGAAUUUCAAAGAGGAGGAAAUUGAUGGCGGUUUCUCUUCUUUAGAUGGGAUGUUACAAUGGGCUAUAGGCCAUUCGGAUCCUGGAGUACUAAAAGAAAGAUCAGAAGUUUUUCAACGUAUGUCUCCAGAGGAGCUAAAGGAGCGCCAGACUGAAAUAAAGGAACUGGUUGAGAAGCUAAAAAUGCCCUCAGAUGCGCAGUUGAUGCAGAUUGCAGUUAAUGAUUUGGAUAAUUCAUCACUGCCUCUGGAGCAUCAUCAGCGUGCUUUAGAGGAGCUGUUGGUACUUGUUGAGCAUAUUGAUAAUGCAAUCGAUCUGCAGAAACUUGGAGGCUUCAGUGUACUUUUAAGAAAACUUGAUCAUUCUGAACCAGAAAUUAGGACUGCUGCUGCAUGGGUUCUUGGCAAAGCCAGUCAAAAUAACCCAAUUGUUCAGAAGCAGGUCCUGGAACUUGGGGCAUUGCCAAUGCUGAUGAAGAUGAUGAAAUCUCACUCCACUGAAGAAGCAAUAAAAGCUCUAUUUGCUGUUUCAGCACUAAUCAGAAAUAAUUUGAUUGGUCAAGAUUUGUUUUAUCAGGAAGCUGGACAUACGAUGCUUCAGGAGGUUCUUAGCAAUUCAAAUCUGGAUAUCAGGUUACAUAAGAAAUCACUGUUUCUUAUUGCUGAUUUGGCCGAGGGUCAACUGGAGAAUGAGAAUACCGCGGCGGUACCCUUUUUCAGCAACCGGUUGUUACUGAAAGCCGUGGUUGAUUCAAUGGCGUCGAGUGAUCUUGAUCUCCAGGAAAAGGCUCUUUACGCAAUCAAAAACAUACUACUACUUAGAUCGACUAAAAUUCAAGUUUUCAAGGACUUCUGUAAAUUGAACGAGGCACUUGAGAGGACGAGGCAACAGUUGCAGCAGUUUAUGGUAGAAGAUGACCUUAGAGAAUAUGCAACGGAUUUAGAAGGUCUUCGCAGAGAAGUUGAGCUAACUUUCCUUCAAAAGCUGGGUAAGCUGCAAGAUGAUGAUGAGUUCUCAUGGAAGUUUCUGGCUUGAUCCGGGUUUUGAAUUGUAUGUUAUUGUGUUCUGGCUCAGUAUGACAUCUUCACGACACACCAUCGGUUCAUCAGGACAGGAAAAUUCGCACAUCUGUUCUUAGUAUUACAUAGGUGAUAGGACUAACUCUUGAAUACAUAGAUCUAGAUUUCUUUAACGACGCAUUGUAUUGAAUUUAAGUGUUAUGAAAGCAGUUUUGGUGUAGCAUGAAACGCGAAACAAGUGAGAGUAACAGUUUUACAGUGGACUGACUCAAUUGGUUAUUUCAUUUUUCUGAUGUAAUUUACAAGAGUUUCUGGUUGAUAUGAACUAGUAUUGGAAUGAAAUGGAUCCGAAUACUGAAAUUA